GCCGAGGGGAGGGAGGGGCGGGAGGCGCCUUCGCUUGAAGGAACUGGGAGGGAGCGGGAGAUGCUGCGGCUGCUCGCAGGACACUGAUGCUCCGCUUGCUCGGCAGAGUCAUGUCAUUCCCGCCUAUGCCGCCGCCGCCACCACCACCACCACCGCCCCCCCGAACUCCGGGGGGCCCCGCCGCGCGCCAGCUAUCCCGGAGACCCUGUGCGCCGCCCGCGCCUUCACCGCCCGCUGCCGCCGCCGGCGGCGGCGAGAAAAAGAGGAGGCCGCCCGAGAUGCUGCUCUCCAGCUCCUGGCCCUCCGCCACCUUGAAGAGGCCCCCGGUACGGCGCGGCCCCGGCCUGGGUUCGGGCACCCCACAGCCGGCUACCUCCGCACGCGUCCCGCCCCAGCCCUCUCCGGGCCGUGGGGGGACCUCGACCACGUGCUCCGCGCCACGGCGGGUCGCCUGCAGCCACAUCCCAGCGGGAUCCACCGCCUCGGGGACCUCUGCAGGGGCGGGGGCGGGGGCUGGGCCCGACGACGCCACGCGCUUCUCUUUGAGCCUCACCCCAGAAGCCAUCCUGGUCAUCCAGAGGCGCCACCUGGAGAAGCAGUUGCUGGCGCGACCCCGCAGGCCCUUCCCCACACCCUCGGCCGACCCGAGGCGCCCACUGGUACCCUGUCCCCGAACCAGGGCUUCGACCCUGCGGAGGGGCGGCCCCACCAGUGUCCCCGACGCGCCUCUGGCUGUGGCUGUCAGCAGCCGCCCUCCCCGUGCCUCGCUGCUGCCAGGAGGUCUGCAGGCCACUCUGCCCAGCCCGCGCCCCUCCAGCCUGCGCCCAGUGCUUAAGGUGUCGCUGCUCAAUGAGAAGCACAAGUACGAUGAUGAGGAGUACGAGGAGGAGGUGGAGGUGGUGGACGAGGGCCUCGUGCGCAAGUGCACCGAGUGGCUGCGUGGGGUGGAGUCGGCGGCAGCUGCGAGGGGCCGCACAGGGCAUCUGGACUCGCUGCCACACCUGAGCACCCUGUGAGGCUAGGUGGGCCUGUGGGACCCAGCCUGGCUUGAAGCCCACGGCCGCCUCCUGCGCUCCUUGCACACCUGGGCUCUUGUGAACCAGGUAGGCCAGCAAGGGACAGGACUAUUGCCUGGAACCUUCCCCAGGCAUGCUUAUUCAUGAGUGACCCACAGGCUUUUCUAACGCCCACCACCCACCUCCUGUGCAAUUAGGUCAGCGUGGGACACAACAGACUCGCCUGACUCUAGCAGCUGUCCCCUGCUCCUCCUGCUCUCCCCCCCCCCAUGUGGGGGUGGGGGAGGACCUGUGAAAUGCCUUCUAACCUCUCACCCUAACUAAGGAUUGGACCCAGAGGUCCCUCUGCCCCAGGUGGCAUUCCACUUCCUGGGGACUCUGCAAGCCUGUGGCCACCGAGGGUGGAGUGAUCUUCUAUUGCAGAACUAGGACAUGGUGCUAUCUAUGUAUAGGAUUUGUCUCCUUAACAGUCAGAAAGAUGUUAGGUAUUGGAAACUGGUUAACUAAACUUGUAAUCCAGCAUCCUGAAACAGUGCACUGUUGCCACUGGGUGAUCCAGGAGGACUUGUGCGCCGCCUGCCAGCUGAGUACUCAGCCAUCCCAGACACACAUGCACACACACACCCUGCUCCCAUGUCUAUGCACAGGCAGCCCCAUUCCACUAGCUGUCAUGUGUGCAUGCACACGAUAACACACACAUUGGCUCUCACAUACAUGUGGAUACGUGGCCAUGCAGGUAGUCACAGCCACACACAGGUGUCUCCGAUGGCACAGCUGGAAUUGUUUUCAGAAGCUGGAUCAAGGUGGGGACAGGAAUCAGGGUUGUCGUCUGCUGGGAAUGCAGUUUUUAUUUGAGGGCACAGCAAUGUCUCCCUCAGUAGCUAGGGAAAGAACUUCUCAGCACAGAGAAGGACAGAGAAGGUGGGUGAAAGCAAGGCAGGGCAAGUCUGCCUACCGGAGCAGUUUGAGGCGGAAGCAGGAAGUAGCUGUGGGCCAGGGCAGGUGUCUCUCUCUCUCAUCACUGUGAAGACCAGUGACAAAGGGGUUCUGUAAGCUGUAAAUAGUGACUUUUUAAAUCCUAUUUAUUAUUUGAAUGAAGGGUAAAACUCCUGUCUCUUAAUAGCUGAGCCCUUCCCAUUAACUGGAGGAUGAUUCUGUUGUAUGUCUUCUGUGCCUGAGUGGAUUUAACCCCAAGGAUAAGAAGGAAGUGUUUGUUCUAAUCAGAUAAGGUUGCCUGUAGAAACUUAAUGCAUUACCUCAAUGUUUUUUUUUACUUAUCUUAUGCAAGUCAAUAACCAGUUUAAUGUUUGUCUUGUUAGACUUUAAUGUGUCAAUUCUUGAUUGUAUUUUAAAUCAAAGCCUUACAUUUUUUAAAGACCAAUUAUAUUUUUUCCUUGUAGAGAUCUUUGCGCUCAUGCUCU